AUGCGCGUGUUCCCUGCCGCAUUCAGAGACGGCUUCGCUAAGGGAGAACGCGUGGCGCUCGCGAAUUCCGUGCUCCGGCUAAGAGGCAAGUACUGUCCCUUCUGCGUUCAGAUCUAUCGCGAAAGGGAUCCAGACAGCUUCGACAAGAAGCAAUGGAUCGGCUGCACCAAUCGCAAUUGUCGCCGCUGGUCGCACGAGGAGUGCGAGAUGGAGUACGGAAUCGACGUCUCCAAGAUCGACCGUCGAUCCUACCAAUGUCCAGGAUGCCGCGACGCAGGCAAGCACUCGGACUGCAACGACCGCCGUCGCUUGGGCCGCCACAACGCGGCGGAUCGCCUGGCAAUCGCGCAGGCCGCAGCAGCUGCAGCGGAGGCGGGCGGCGCAACUGGGGGAGAGAAGGACCGCAGGGGAAGCGGAGGGGGCGCGGAUAAGCCCGGGGAGGGGGAGGGGGAGGCGGUGAAGAGUGACGAGGGGGGGAGUGCCCAGCAUGGCAGCUGUAACGACACUGACAGCGACACUUUCCCGGGACUGCAGGACUCAUUGCACUCCCCAAACCCCUCAAGCGACUCAACCCCCGGCGACCAUGCUGACUCAGCUAACCGCGUUGACUGCGUUGACCAGUCAAAGCCCGGGCUUGCCAUUGACCAGAGGAUCCACCCCGUUGACCACAUUGACCAGACUGACCCCAUGGAUACAACUGACGACAAGGGAGCUGGAGAAGUGGAGGGAGAAGAGGGCGAGAGGGAACAGAAAAGAAAAUCGUCUAGUGGUGGCCACCACAGUAACAACAGCCAAGAUAACAAUAACGAGUAUGACAACAGCGAGUAUGGAUGGAGGAAGUCUCCUGUAGCAGCAGGAGGAGGAGGAGGAGGAGCAGCAGCAGCAGCAGCAGCAGCAGGGGCGGCAGGGUCUGUGUUACCCCGUAGCAGCAAGAGGGUGCAAGGCAGCAGCGCCAAGCCUCUCAAGGUGGACCUAUCCAAGCUGCAGACGAGCUCGCUGCGGCGCUACAAGCGAGUGUACAAGCUCAGAGACGCUUCUUCUGGCAAGGAGGAGCUCAAGCUUGCAGUGGCACAGCACUUCGCGAGUCUGGUUGUAUCUGAGGAGGAAAUUAUCCACUCUCUGGUGGAGGUGUUUUCUCGGCGGUACCACCAGCGAGCAGCAGCCAAUGCCACGGCUGAAGCCCCUGCUGCAGCUGCUGCAGCUGCAGAAACAUGCUCGUAA